AAAUGUGAUUGUUAUUCUUUCUCUUUCGGCGUGGACCUUUAGAUUUAUGUUUGCAGAAGAGCUGGAGGGAGAGUGCCUGUUAUGAGCAGUAUAACCCACUGAUUCUGAUUACACUCAGGGCUAUAAGUGGAGCGCCGUGCUCGGCGGUGGUUAGGGAUUAAGCUUUUACAGAUGCAAAUAAGUUGGAUUGCUCCGGAAAUUUCGUUUAAAGUCUGUCCACUCUGAGCAGUUGAAGUCACAAACCUCCCACUCUCUCCUCUCAUCUUAUUCUAAUGCAGCACUGAUGCACAUGACUGUAAUUAAUGGGUUUAUUUAGCCGCAGUUAUAACUUCCCACUUCAAAAAUGCUUUACUCUUUUUUUAUAUCCUGUUCUUUUUUUCUGAGCCUUUUUUUUCUCCUGUAAAGGCUUUGUGUGCACGCGUGUUUGUUAAUGUGCACAAGCACUCUCGGACUGCGUCUUAAUUCCAUCUCUGCUAACACUUGGCUUCAUCCCCCUCGUCCCUAAUCCAGCCCGACUAUUAAAAGGUGCUGCUACUCCUCGGGGGGCCGCAGAGCACAUCUUACUUCCAUGGGAUCCAGCCUUCCAUCUACAUUUUCCUUCUCAGUUCCACCUCAGCUGCACCACAAGACUCCCUUUAACCGGGCUUUACUCUGACAGACACAGAGCGUUUUGUUCAGAUCUUAGAGAAAGAGCAAAAAGACAGACAGCCGUCGCGAUGAAUGGCACUGAAGGGCCCAACUUUUACGUCCCCAUGUCUAAUAGGACAGGGUUGGUGCUAAGCCCCUUCGAGCACCCUCAGUACUACCUGGCUGAGCCAUGGAAGUACUCUCUUCUGGCUGCGUACAUGCUGUUCCUCAUCAUCACCGCCUUCCCCGUUAACUUCCUCACCCUCCAUGUCACCGUCAAGCACAAGAAGCUGAGAACCCCUCUGAACUACGUGCUGCUCAACCUGGCCGUGGCCGACCUCUUUAUGAUAGUCGGAGGCUUCACGGUCACCCUGUACACGGCCCUGCACGGGUACUUCAGCUUAGGCGUCACCGGCUGCAGCAUCGAAGGGUUCUUUGCCACAUUAGGAGGAGAGAUUGCCCUCUGGUCUCUGGUGGUUCUGGCCAUUGAGCGCUAUGUCGUGGUCUGUAAGCCAAUAAGCAACUUCCGCUUUGAGGAAAAACACGCCAUCGCUGGCCUGGCGUUCUCCUGGGCCAUGGCCCUGACCUGCGCUGCCCCGCCUCUGUUGGGGUGGUCCCGGUACAUCCCAGAGGGAAUGCAGUGCUCCUGUGGGAUCGACUACUACACUCCCAAACCUGAGAUCCACAACACCUCAUUCAUCAUCUAUAUGUUUGUCCUUCACUUCUGCAUCCCCCUCUUCAUCAUUUUCUUCUGCUACAGUCGCCUGCUCUGCACUGUGCGAGCGGCCGCAGCUCUGCAGCAGGAGUCUGAAACCACCCAGAGGGCAGAGAGAGAAGUGACUCGCAUGGUCGUGGUGAUGGUGAUCUCCUUCCUGGUGUGCUGGGUGCCCUACGCCUCCGUGGCUUGGUACAUCUUUGCCAACCAGGGAACGGAGUUUGGACCCGUGUUUAUGACGGCUCCGGCCUUCUUCGCCAAGAGCGCCGCUCUGUACAAUCCAGUCAUCUACAUUCUGCUGAACAGACAGUUCAGAAACUGCAUGAUCACCACAGUGUGCUGCGGAAAGAACCCAUUUGGAGACGACGAGACCAGCGCCACUGUCUCCAAAACCCAGACUUCAUCCGUCUCCUCCAGCCAGGUGGCCCCUGCUUGACCCCAUCACUCCUCCUCCAUCCUCUCCAUCUGUUCCCGCUCACCCUGGGACCCGCCCCCCCCCCCACCACCACCGAGCAGCGAUACGUUUGAAGGGGCCAAUCCGCUCGACUCACCUCUCCAAUUGUCCUCGCCGCCAUUGGCACUGCUGCAACUUUGAGCGGGACGGACUCCAGCAGGAGCCAGCAUGCGCACUCUCAGCCCGUUUAAUCAUGGAAAGUGUUCAGCUGGUCUCCCACAUUUUUAACCCGACAUCAGAAGGUUGCCAACUUGGUGACAAUUCAACUGAACAUCAUCCAAACUCCACAAGACGUGUUCUAGGUAAAAAUAAAAAAUAAAAGGCUCAUAGUCAGAUUUUUAUCUAUUCUUGUUUAAGUAAAUGUUUCAGCUGCAUGUAACUCAAAGCAGACGCUUUUCUGCUCUGGUUUUCAUUGUAGUACAGCUUCUUCUUUUUCCUUUUUUUUUUUUUUUUUUUUUUUUUUUUUUUUUGUUCUCAGACAGGAAACUGAGAAGAGCUUCCAUGAAAAUGCCUCUUAGAUGAGACUGGAUGAUAGUGUGUUUGCCAGACUGUGUGUGUAAAUGAAAAGUUCUUUCUAUUUGUUGUGUAUAAACUAGGAUUUGUGGAAAUUGUUUGUGUCUUGCAAUAAAAAAUAUCUCUAAGCUGAA